AUGGUCCACGAAUCCUUUGACGAGGUCAUGAACCUCAUCGAACUGCCAGGGCCUACCUCCUCACCCACCAAGGACCCUUCAUCGCCAGUUCGAUAUGCGGGUCUUUACCCGGCAUGGGUACUUGGUGACGAGAUUGAGGGUUACACUCCCAUCAGACAGGCGUACGGUGGACAUGUCUACACCCAGUCAUCAUUGGCGGCCGUCCGCGCACUGGAGGCCGCCAGGAAAGCCGCUUCGCCAGCGCAACCGACCCCUGACAUGCUCGGCAUACAUUCCAUACAAGGGGUAUUCGCUGCCAACGUCAUCUCCGAUCGCCCCAUCAUCUACGAAGCCAAGCCCGUCUUCAUGAGACGGACAUUCAGCUCCAUUCUCGUCACGGCACGCCAGCCCCUCGAGCCCACCCCUGCAGGAGAGUCCACGGUAUUCACCAAAGAAGACGCCGACGCGCCGCUCGGCGAUGUCUGCUUCAGCUGCCUCUGCACCUUCAAGUUGCCGGAACCGGCAUCCAUCGACUCCCAAGGGACGUCACCGCACACCCGCUACGCCGCGCUCCUCCGCUCGAGGCCCCCGCACACCUGGCCGCAUUCGCCCCAGGUCGACCUCGACCUCGUCCAGACGUACUUCCCCGGCGCGGGACCCGGCAACUUUCCGAUCCUCGACAUGAAAAAGGUCGACAUGGCGGCGAUCAACGAGGGCAAGCCCCUCCAGGACAGGCGCGAGCUGAUCCUCUACCGUCUGCGGGCGCCGCUGCCCGCGAGCGCGCCCAACCACCACAUCCUGGCGCACGUCUACGAGUCGGACCGCAACGGCAUCCUCAUGCUGGCCAACCAUGCCGGUCUCGGUAUGGCCCUCGCCGCCGGCGCGAGCCUGACCUACUCGUACUUUGUCCACGUCAACCCGGAGCAGGCCGUCAUGAAGUACGGCGCCCAAGAGGACGAGAGCGUUUGGUGGAUCCAGGAGACCUUCUUCCCUCGUGUCGCGAACGGCCGCGGCACCUUGAUGAUCAAGACGUGGAGUCCCGAGGGGCUUCACGUGGCGACGGGCUACCAGGAUGGUUUCAUAAAGGGGUUCAAGGACGGGAAAGAGAAGCUGUAG